UCAUCAGAUACCUUAACAAUAUCACUUAAAAAAAAACCAAAGCCAUACGUCGCUUAUAUGAAUAAAAGAAUUAUAUUUUUUGCAUCUCUAUAUGAUUAUUAACGUUAUUCUUCUAGUGAAAUUUAUUGAAAUUAUUCAAAUAUCCCUUAGAAGGAACAUUGGGUUCUUAAGGGUUAAGAUUUGUCUCUAUGCAAAGUUUCAAAUCGAAAUAAUCUAACAGAUAUUUGCACGAAAGAUUGAAUUAUUAUUUCAAUUUAUAGUUUUCUGUUUCUUUUUUAUCAUGUACUUUUCUAAAUUUGUAUUUUAGCAAGUGUUAUGUUUGCAUUUAUUGAUCGUUCAAUUGUAAAAAAAGUUGUAAACUUUUUACCUCGAGUUGGUGUUGGUGGUCGUUAUGAUUUAAAUCAAUAUCCUGUAUUUCCAUGGAUUAUAGCUGAUUAUGAAAGUGAAAAACUUGAUUUAAAUUCUCCAUCAACUUAUCGAGAUUUAUCAAAACCAAUUGGUGCAUUAAAUCCUACAAGAAAAUCAUUUUUUAUUGAACGUUAUAAUAAUUGGGAAUCUUAUACAAUACCACAAUUUCAUUAUGGUACACAUUAUUCAACAGAACCAUUUACAACAUUUUAUAUAAAUUUAAAAGAAGGAAAAUUAGAUCAUGCUAAUCGAUUAUUUCAUUCAAUACCAUUAUCAUGGCAAAAUUGUCAACGUGAUUCAUCAGAUGUUAAAGAAUUAAUACCGGAAUUUUUUUCUCUACCUGAAAUGUUAACAAAUUGUAAUUAUUAUAAAUUAGAACGAACUGAAGAUGGAAUUAAAGUUGAUGAUGUUAUUUUACCUAAAUGGGCACAAACACCAGAAGAUUUUAUUCAAAUUAAUCGAACAGCAUUAGAAUCUGAAUUUGUUUCAUGUCAUUUACAUCAUUGGAUUGAUUUCAUUUUUGGUUAUAAACAAAGAGGACCUGAAGCUGUUCGUGCUGUUAAUGUUUUUUAUUAUUUAACAUAUGAAUGUACUGUUAAUCUUGAUUCAAUAACAAAUCCAACAGAUCGUGCUGCUAUUGAAACACAAAUAAGAAAUUUUGGUCAAGCACCAGCACAACUUUUAACUGAACCACAUCCAUCAAGAAAUUCAGCAAUGAAUUUAGUAAGACGAAAUAAAAAACAAUAA